AUGAAGAGGUUAGCCCCGUCUACUUGGAUUAGUGGGAUCAUGGCGGCAUGGGGUUGUGUGACUAUUGGACAGGGAUUCGUCCAGAGUUGGUCUGCCUUAAUGGCAUGUCGCUUCUUGCUAGGCUGCGUUUACCUGAUCUCAACGUACUACAAGCGUUUCGAGCUCCAAUGGCGACUGAACCUUUUUUUCAGUGCAAGUAUUAUUUCUGGGGCCAUUAGCGGGUUACUGGCUUAUGGACUCUCAUAUAUGGAGGGCGUCUGUGGAUACUCUUCAUGGCGAUGGAUCUUUAUACUCGAAGGAAUCGCGACCGUGGUGAUAGGGCUCAUUGCCAAGUUGUUGAUUGUCGAUUGGCCCGAGGAGGCAACUUUCCUGAAUGAAAGAGAGCGCACAAUUCUUCUUGCACGCCUCAGAUCUGAGAAUGAUAUGUUUCCGAUGAACAGAUUGGACCGGGCUGCCGUGUGGAGGAUUUUAAGUGAUACGAAAAUUUAUCUUGGAAUAGUCAUGUACCUUGGUGCAUUGAAUACAGGAUACGCAGCUUCAUUCUUCAUACCCUCAAUUCUCCGCGGCAUGAGCUGGACUUCCUUGAUGUCACAAGUGAUGAGCAUCCCCAUUUAUAUUGUGGCAGCCAUCAUGACGAUAUGCACCGCUUACCUGAGCGACAAGAUGAAACACAGAUUCGGUUUCGUCCUGACAGGUUGCUGUAUCGCAACCAUUGGCUACAUCAUUUUACUCGCACAGCAAUCACUCUCAGCGGGCGCAAAGUACUUCGCGCUCUUUGCCGUCACGGGAGGUGGUUACAUUUCCCAGCCUAUUCUUAUAGGAUGGCUGAGCAAUAAUAUCAGUGGACAUUACAAGCAAGCUGUUGCCACUGCUAUGCAAAUCGGAUUUGGAAACUGUGGUGGGUUUGUCGCCAGCAAUAUAUUCCUGUCAUCCGAGGCGCCGCUGUAUGUGACAGGAUAUGCAACGAGCUUGGGAUUGAUUUGGCUGUGUUUGAUAGCAUCUUGCGGGUUGCUUCUGUUUCUUUGGAGGGAAAACAGACGCAGGGAACGGGGUGGAGGUGCGAGACUGGUCUUUGGAUCUCAGGACUCGGACAAUCUUGGAGAUGAUCAUCCUGAUUUUCGUUUUACAUACUGA